GCGCUGUGCACCGGGCUGUGGCUGCUGUAGGACGGAGCUCCAAUCAGACCAGCCAGCAGGGGCGGCGAGAGCGCAGCGGCCCAGCCCUGCGGGGUCACACCUCCUCCCUCAUUAGCACCGGGCCAAUCAGCUCCCGCAUGCAAAUCGGGGCAGAUGUAGUGCCGAGGUGGCGAGCGGCACAGCUCGUCCGCAGUCACGGAGCGCCUGUUGCACAGACGCGCACAGAAUCGGGAGCCGCCGGACGCCUCGCCUUGUCUGGGAAUUACUCUCCCUGGAGCAGCGCCGGGAUUCCCGGGAGACUACCUCCACCUUGGAUAUUGUAUCCCCCACCACCCCCCCACCUUCCCGGAUCUGAUUGUGCACCAUGACUUUUGAGGAGCUCAGUGGAGAUCACGCCGCAGAAAGAAUGGAUUCCGUGGGAAAAGCCUUGGAAGAAGUGCUGCACUCCGCGUUGCCGCAGGGAUGCAUCACGGUCGGGGUCUACGAAGCGGCCAAGUCGCUCAACGUCGAUCCGGACAACGUGGUGCUGUGUCUGCUGGCCACGGACGAGGAGGACGUCAAGGACGUGGCCCUGCAGAUCCACUUCACGCUGAUCCAGGCGUUCUGCUGCGAGAACGACAUCAACAUCCUGCGCGUCGGCAACAUGGGGCGCCUGGCCGAGAUCCUGGGGGCCGCCAAGCAGGGCGGGGAGCCCCAGGACCUGCACUGCGUGCUGGUCACGAACCCACACUCGUCGGCGUGGAAAGACCCCGCCUUGAGCAAAGUGAACGGUUUCUGCAGGGAGAGCCGGUGCCUGGACCAGUGGGUGCCCCUCGUCAAUCUCCCCGAGCGCUGAGGGCCGGACUGCGACGCCAGCCCUUCGUUUUCCUCUCUCUCCCUCUCUCCGAUGAAUUGCACUGGAUUGCCGGAAUGCUCUGCUGAGGAACUCAGGAGGCACAAAAAAAAAAAAAGAAAAACACCACCACCACCACCACCACCUCUCACGCUGGUGGAAAAUAACUUGCAGCUGGGCUGGGAGAGGCGGAGCCGGCCCGGCGGAGCAGCGGGCCGUGGGCCGGCGGCGUGACUCAGCAGACUGGGGGCCGGCCUGCUCUGCAGCAGGAAGUGGGCCGUGUCCGGGGGCUCAUCAGCCUCGCAGGAGGGGAUCUGUGGUUCAGCCGGGACUCUGAAACUGGACAGACGCCACGGGCCGAGCCGGUCCCCAUUUUAGGUAUUACAGCAGGAAACACGGGGUGUUUUGAGAUUCUGGAGUUAAUUAUUACCGUUAUCUUCAUGACUAUUGCUGUUGUUGUUUUUCUGUUACUCUUAUUUAAAAGAGAAGCGCUCGGACCCUUACUUUUGGAUAAGCAAUGACGAUGCCUUCUGCAGAAUGCCAUUGCAGUGAAUUAUUUUGAGUAAGAAACGUUUGACCGGUAACUUUUGUUUUCAUUGCUGUUAAGUUAUUUUUUUAUUAUAUUAACUUUAUUGUAUUUAUGUUGCCGUUUCUACCAACAUCAGAUUUGUUGAAUAAAUGGCUUGGACCUCG